AAUUACAAUACUUUACUAGGACGUCAACGACAAAGUAAAUACAUAAUGCCUGAACCUGUUGGAAUUACAAGUUUGCCUGAUCAAAGGUAUAAGAUUGUCUCUAAGGAAGGAGCCACUUUCACAAUCAUGGUUGCCGGUGAAAGUGGUUUGGGUAAAACCACCUUUAUCAAUACCCUUUUCCAAACAUCUUUAAAACCUCACCAAGACCCAACUGAGAGACAUAACAAAUUCCAGUCAGCGCAAGAAACUGUCGAAAUUGGGAUUGUAAGAGCUAUACUUGAAGAAAAAAAUUUCAAGAUUAGAUUAAACAUUAUUGAUACUCCUGGGUUUGGUAAUAAUGUCAAUAACAACGAUUCGUGGACUCCUAUUAUUGAUUUCAUUGACGAUCAACAUGAAUCAUAUAUGAAACAAGAAAGACAACCCCUUCGUACUAACAAGAAGGACUUGAGAGUGCACGCGUGUCUUUACUUCAUCAGACCAACUGGCCACUCAUUGAAGCCUUUGGAUAUUGAAAUCAUGCAAAGACUUUCAACCAGAGUAAAUCUUAUUCCUGUUAUUGCUAAAGCUGAUACUUUGUCACCUGCUGAAUUGGAUACUUUUAAAACUAGAAUUAGAGAGAUUAUCGAAGCACAAGACAUUAACAUCUACACACCACCCUUGGAAUUGGAUGACCCUGCCAGUGCUGAACAUGCCAAGCAAUUGAUUGAAUCUAUGCCAUUUGCAAUCAUUGGUGCCGAAGAAGAAAUUGAAAUAAGCCCUGGUAAGUUCUCCAGAGGUAGAAAAUACCCAUGGGGAGUUGUUGAAGUUGAAAAUGACGAGCAUUGUGACUUCAAGAAGUUGAGAAGUUUAUUGUUGAGAACAAACAUGUUGGAUUUAGUCUUGUCUACUAAUGAAAUUCACUUUGAAAACUUUAGAAGUACUAAGUUAGGAGCUGACGAAGAAGAAAACGAAGAUGAAUUAAAGGAAGAAUUGACAAAUGAAAAGGGUGAGGUUGUCAAGAAGCCUUCUAUUACUAAGAAACCAAGAAGAUUACACAAUCCUAAAUUUAAGGAAGAAGAAGACCAAUUAAAGAAAUUCUUUACUGAACAAGUUAAGGCCGAAGAACAAAGAUUCAGACAAUGGGAAACUAAUAUCAUUAAUGAAAGAAACAGAUUGAAUCAAGACUUGGAAGAAAUGCAAUUGAAGUUAAAGAACUUGGAAGAACAAAUAAAGAAGUUACAAUUGGCCAAACGUUAAAUUAUUUCUUCUUGAUUGUCUAUUUUUUUUUUACCUCUUCAAUUUUUUUUCUCACUUAUUUACAUUUAUAUUUAAAGGUUCUUUUUGUUUUUAACAUGUACGUGUGUUAUCUUUAUCCUCUUAUUUAGGUUAUAUGAAUAUUGCUAUAUAAUUCUUUGUGUU